AUGAGCAGGAGAACGGGGGACCGGGGCAUCUCCUGUGUGCUCUUGUGUAUCGUGGCUUGCGCGGCCCUCACAGGCACUGAAAGCGCCAGAGAUCCCAAGCGGCAGCAACAAGACUCACUCCUCCCAGCAGGAUCAGGAAGGCGUCUGGAACAGGUACUGAACAGCCAGAGCCAGGCCGGCAGCAGCGGCCGCCACCUGAACAUCUCAAUGACGGGGGCGGCGUCGCCAGCCGCCUCUGCUGAUGGCAACCCGACCAUCACCGGCACCAUUGCUGACACGAGUGUGGACACGGGGCCCCGCUCAGUGGAUGUACAGGUGACUGUAGAUCCAGUCAUCAACAUACAUGGUGACAUCCUCAACGUGUCCUCAGACCAGCAGCCGACAGCCCGCUUCCUCAGCACGGAGCCGCAGGCCAAUGACUCAGCGAUGACGUCGCCGCCAGCUCAGCCGCCGCUCUCUGCAGGUGUCGCCGCCACUGCCCCGCCGCCGGUGCAGGCCGGUGCAGAGGCACAGCCGGCUUUGCUGCUGUUGCCGGGGACCGCGGAUGCAGGGGCCGCCGGGAAAGGGGUGGUGCAGCAACAAAGACCUGGUAUUCAAAUGGAUUUCCUGCCUUCCAAGCCGCCCGCACUGCCAGCCAACUCCACUGUCCCCCUGCAGGUGGCUGGGGCUCUACUGGCGGCAGCCCUCAGCAUUCCGCCACCGUCCCAGAACCAGCAGACAACGGCGGUGCCGGCUGCUGCUAUGCCGCAGCUUCCCGUUGCUGCUGCAAGCGGGACCCCCUCAUCUGUGGCCCUCACAGACCCCCAGGUGCAGCCUGCAUCUGCCAACAGGGCCUCCGGGCACUACCCCUUCAACUGGGCGGUGGUCAUUGCUGCAGUAUCCUCGACAGCAACAUUCAUGCUGCUCAUUGUGCUGCUGCUGGCAUUCGCGUCCGGCUUCCUGCCACACCGGCGGCGGCGGGCGGCCCCCGGGAGUCCUCCCCCCAAGACCCCCCCUUCGCCGCAGCAAUCCCCAAACGCUGCUACUCCCAGCAACAAGAGCAUCACUGAACCCACGCAGCAGUCACCCCGGCAGCUUCCCCGCAGCAGCUCAGCAGACGAGCCCCCGGCAGCCACCAAGAACUCAGAAGACAGCGAUCGGUCACAUGCGCGCACCGGACGCCGUUCAGACGAUGGCGUCGGGGAUUGGUGGGGGCCGGGACCGCGGCCGCCGCCGAUGCGCACGCCGUUUGCCAACUCCGUUCUGCCAGCCUUCUCUCGCCCGCAGCUGUCCUCAGGCUUCUCAGACGCCCGCAGCACCUCAGGUGGUGGCAUGCUGGGUAUUGCCCACGUUGGCUUCACUUAUGUUUUGGAGAAGGCAGGAAUCCGCUUCAGGGGGAUUGCCGGGACGUCUGCUGGCGCGAUCAAUGCUGCUCUCAUUGCAGGGCUGCGCCCAAACCCGGCAGGAGAGAGCGGUACUGAGACCCUCAAACAUCUUGCCGCUGCCCCUUUCAGCAAGUUCAUGGAUGGAGAUGCCGAUGUGAAGGAGCUGCAGAAUGUGGUCCUGCAAAGGGUCGGAGGAUCCCCGGCCCCAAAGGUAGACGAUGAGAAACCAGCUGGCGGGCUGAGGGCACUGCUCCAGAAGAUUAACCCUUUGCGCUACUUCCGAUGGGUGGGCUUACUUGGCGACGCACGAUUUAUCGGCCCUGCUCUGAAAAUUGUGAGGGAUCGGGGCAUGUACCCGGGGGUAUUUUUCGAGGACUGGAUGAAGAGCCUGAUGGACAUUCGCGCACCCACAGUGGAGAAGCUCUACAAGUGUCUGGAGCUACCGCCUCUGCAGCUUACAGACUCCCGCCUAACUGCCUCCAAGGCUAGCGGUAGGGCUGCCAAGGAUGCAGAGCUGCUGAAGUACACAAAGGGAGACCUGGCCAUCAUUGCCUCAGACAUCACCACCGAGACAAAGGCGGUGUUCCCGGACCACACAGAGCUGUACUAUGAGAACCCUGGACAGGUGUCACCCAGCGAGUUUGUGCGCAUGAGCAUGUCCAUCCCAGUCUUCUUCCAGCCCAAGGAGGUUGGAGUGCCCCUGAGUGUGAUUGAGUCAGGCGUCUGGAAGAAAACGCCAGGAGUGACAUACGAUGGAACCUUCCCGCCCCCAGAAACAAAGGGGCCGUUUCAGGGCAAGGUGAGGAUCACAUUUGUGGAUGGGGGCACGCUGUCCAAUUUCCCCAUCGGCCAUUUUCACACAAGGGGCGUCCCUCUGCUGCCCACGUUUGGCGUGCGGCUGAGCACCGACCGCAACAACUACUCGGACACCUCCAGCCUCAUCCAAAUGCACAUCCUGGACCGCGAGUUUCUCUUUGACAACCCGGACUAUCAGAAGCUGGUGUCCACCAUCGACACCGCCGGAUUCAACUGGCUCAACUUUGACAUGAAGCAGGACGAACAGAUCCGCCUCUUCCAGAGGGGCGCCGAAGCAGCCGCCUCCUUCCUGCUGGGUCCUCCGUUGGACCCCAAGGAUGUGCAGGGCCUGAAGGGACGCGAUGCAUCUAAGGGGUUUGACUGGGAGGCCUACAAGGAGAUUCGCGAGGCCCUGUCCUCACCGCUGCCAGCAGCGCCAUAG